AUGUUGCAAUCGAACGGUGUGGGUUUUAGCUCACGAAAAAAGCAAGUAUUCUUGAUCUUGAUUCUUGUAGCGAUUCAGGCAUUCUGUUAUCUUCAACAUGCACAUGUAGCAUGUGAGACUUUGAAUGCAGCCGCCAACACUCUGAUCCAGUUCUAUGUCUCUCCAACAGCUGGACAUGACGAUCUCCAUUCAGGACAGUCUCUCAAUUCUCCAUUUGCAACUCUUUCGAAAGCUGCCUCUGUCAUUACCAACAUGAAGAACUCGAUGAAUUUCACCACACCACCCACUUCAUUUGUGGUGAAUCUCAUGAAAGGAACCCAUUUUCUUAACUCUUCGGUAAUCCUACCCAAGACGAAAUUGGAUAAUUUCUCAACAAAUGUUGAGGUUAGUACCACAUGGAGAGCUCUUCCUGGCUCUCUACCAGGAGAGGUGAAAAUUAGAGGUGGUAUCUAUUUACCACCAAAUGUAUGGAAGGCUGUAACUCAAGGGAACAAUCCAUUUGCCUUUCAAAUGCUUCCAGAAAAUGCAAAAGGAAAUGUUCUGCAAAGCAAUUUAACGGAAGUUGGAUUUAAGUCGUCUCAACUGUUUCCAUUUCAUCAAGCAGGAUUUGUCUAUGGUUAUGCAGAUAGUGGAAAUGAGCUCUUUUAUCGAGGUCAACCUCAGACUGUAGCACGUUAUCCCAACAAGUUGACAACAGAAGAUCUUGUGUCCACCCAAAACACAAAUCUUGUGGUAGAUGUCUUUAUGAAAGUUAAUUCCACUUUUGGUAAAUACACCACUUUCAAUAGCUCCGAAUGUGAGAAUAGAGACAAAUGGCCACACGAAAAACAUCCUUUUGCUUUUGGGUACUGGGCCGUCGAUUGGGCAGAUGGAACAGAAGAUUUGUCAUCAAUUACAAGUGACGGUAGGAUCACGUUCAAGCAAAAACGAGAUCGAUACGGUGUUAAGGAAGAUCAGCGCUUUUAUUUGGUCAACUUUUUAAGCGAGAUUGACAUGCCAGGAGAAUACAUCAUUCAAGACGGCGUUGUUUAUUUCUGGCCUCCUGCGUCUGGAAUUACUACACAUGAGGAUGUCAUGAUUUCUGUUGCUGCUGAUUUGUUUGUUGUUUAUUCUAAUCACCAACAUUUCGAACAGCUGGACAUGGGUUUCACACGUGGAAAUGCCAUUCGUUCUCUUAACACCUCCUUUAUCACAGUUAGAAAUUGCCUUGUUCAAAACACAGGUAAUUCCGGAUUAACCUUGACCGACUGUUCAAAUUGUCUUGUGAAAAGUAAUCUUAUUUUCAACAAUGGAAUGGGAGGAGUCCAAAUCAGUGGUGGCGAUCGAAUCACUCUCACCCCUAGCAACUCAUGGGUGUUGAACAACACAAUUCAUUCCUAUUCUAGGAUUGGUAAAACUUAUCGACCUGGAGUGGGGGUGAAUGGUGUGGCUGUCACUGUUUCUCACAAUGAAAUUUUCAAUGCAGAUCACAAUGCCAUUCUAUGGGGCGGAAAUAAUCAUGAAUUCUCUUUCAACAAGAUUUAUGAUGUGUGUAAAACUACUGCAGAUGCAGGUGCUAUCUAUUCAGGACGAGACUGGUCCAUGAGAGGUAAUCAUAUCAAGUAUAACUUUAUUUAUCGAGUUCGUGGUUAUGGACAGUCGUAUGGAGCUACCUGUAUCUAUUUGGAUGACAUGUUUUCUUCAGCCAAAGUAUAUGGAAAUAUUCUUGCUUAUUGCAACCGUGGAGUUCUGCUGGGUGGAGGACGAAACAAUUGGAUUACCAAUAAUAUUUUUGUGAACAAUUCUCAAAGUAUUUUGGCAGAUGAUAGAGGAUUGUCAUGGUCUGGCACUGGGGAGCAUGUUAAAAACCUUCUCAAAGUUCCUUUUAAUGAAUCUGCCAUUUGGAUUGAGUCGUAUCCAGAAUUGGUAAACAUUUUGCAAGAGAACCCAGGUGCGCCAGUAGGUAACGUUAUUCGAUUCAACUUGGCCACUACUGCUCCUAACAGAGAAUAUAUUUAUGCCAACGUUCGAAAAUACUCUGCCCAUUCCAAUAAUACGUACAAUGUGCCUUCCAGCGUUUUUGUAGAUCCAUCCCGAUUGAAUUUCACUCUCGUGCUCGGAAAUGUCUAUGAAAAUUCUGAGAUGUAUAAUUUCACAAGAAUUCCAUUCGAUGAAAUAGGUUUGUUAAAGAGUGAGACACCAUCACCUGUACCCUCUCCUCAAACAUCUUCUUUGAAACCAAGUAAUUCAACAAAACCUAGAGCGACCGUUUCUAAAGGAACUUCCAUGUCUCAUUUGGCAAAAUCAAAUCUGUUGAAUAUCAUCUUGUGGAUGGCAGUUGUUUCUAUCGUCAUAGCACAAUUCCAACGUGAAUAA